AAGCAGUUCCGAUACGUUCGCUCAGUGUUUACUGCUCGGGAUAGGGGCAGCAGGGAGGUUUGUUGUGGGUGAGGUCGGCAGAGGUCGGGUGUUUUGAGUUCGCUGUUGCCAGGUUCCGGGCUGAGUUGAAAGCUGACACUGCCAGGACUGGAAAGGCUCAGCUGUUGUUACCACAAGAACUCCUGAAACAUGGUGGAUUAUUAUGAAGUUCUGGGAGUGCAGAAGCAUGCCUCAGCAGAGGAUAUCAAAAAAGCGUACCGUAAGUUGGCACUGAAAUGGCACCCUGAUAAAAACCCAGACAAUAAGGAUGAGGCAGAACGGCAGUUUAAGCAAGUAGCUGAGGCCUAUGAAGUCUUGUCAGAUGCUAAAAAACGUGACAUCUAUGACAGAUAUGGAAAAGAAGGCCUAAUAAAUGGAGGUGGAGGUGGAAAUCAUCAUGAUAGUCCAUUUGAUUUUGGAUUUACAUUCCGCAACCCAGAUGAUGUCUUCAGGGAGUUUUUUGGUGGAAGGGACCCCUUUUCAUUUGACUUCUUUGAAGACCCUUUUGAGGACUUCUUCGGUGGCAGGCGGGGUCAGAGGGGAAACAGAAGCAGAGGUGGUGGUGGAUCAUUUUUCUCUGCCUUUGGUGGAUUCCCUGCUUUUGGAAGUGCUUUCUCUCCAUUUGACACAGGUUUUACUUCGUUUGGCUCCCUGGGACAUGGAGGCCUUACUUCAUCAUUCUCCUCUACGUCAUUUGGUGGCAGUGGAAUGGGAAACUUCAAAUCAGUAUCAACCUCAACUAAAAUAGUUAAUGGCAGAAAAAUUACUACAAAGAGGAUUGUUGAGAAUGGACAUGAGAGAGUAGAAGUUGAAGAAGAUGGCCAGUUAAGGUCGCUAACAAUAAAUGGGGAGGCAGAUGAAGAAGCCUUUGCCGAGGAGUGCAGACGGAGAGGACAACACGCGCUGCCCUCCCAGCCCAGCAACCUGCGCCUGCUGAAGCCCCACAAGCCUGGCAGCUCGCCCCGCUUCGCACAUUACAGUAGUGAUGAGCUGGAAGAGCAGGACAAGAGCCGCGUUAUGAGCAGCUUCGAGACCCCUAUUUAUUUAUCAGGUGUGCACAAGCAUGUUGGUGAGAAAGGUGCAGAGAAGGACCCAUCACAUAGUCAAAAGCCAAAUGCAAAAAGCCAUGCAAAAAGCCAUGCAAGAAGUUGGUGCUGUGUGUUGACUUAAUGUUAGUGCCCUGGUAGAUAAUAAACAGCAGCUUGUUUGCCUUCAUCCUGCUUUAGCUCUGAUCUUCCAUUUAGCCUAGAUUCACUAACGCCCUGAGAUAUUUAAGGAUCCAGGGCAAAUACUGUUGUGCUGCUGAAGUGCCUGUGCUCUUUGUUGUUAAAAGUGAAGGCAUUUUAGAGGUUAACUCAUCACAGUACUUUGCACAUUCAUUUACUUAAAUUGUGCUUGGCUUCCUUGUCUAAGGAGAAGUUCAGCAAGUUGAUACUAUUUCUGGAAGCUGCAGUUUUAGUCAACUAGAUCCUAAUAGAGGAGGCUGAGAACGUUCAGGCAAACGUGGCAACGUGGCAGUUGUCCGGGUUAUUUUUGGAAGUAAUUAGUCCUUUGAUAUAUUUCCAGUCUGUAAUUUUUUGGCAAUGUAGUCCAGAGGCUAUCUUGGACAAUGAAGUCCUUGUAAUUACUUGAUUUAAUUGGAACCUGUGGUCAGAGAUCAUCCAGGACUGCAAGGACAGGUUUUUCUGAUACGUGAAAGAUGCCUUUCUACUUGGAUGCCCAAAGCAAGGACCCUUUUCAGUAGUGUGAAAUCAGGGGAAGUGCUGGGAAGUGUGAGCCUAUGAGGCUUCUCAGGGUAAACACAGCACAUGAAAAAUAUGCACUGUAUCCCAAAACAGGUGCUCAUGUGCUCCCAGUGCUAUACCAACUACCAAUGUGUUUAUGAGCCUUUAAACCCAACAAUGUCUUUUGUAUGGAAGGCCUAAGGAUAUUAUGAUAGAUGGCACAUUGAAAAAAUAGAACAAUUUAGAUUAAUAUCUUCCUGACAAGUUGCUGUUUGUGUCUUUAAAGAUGACCAA